UUUAUGUUGACUGCAAUGUGUCCGAAGAGUGGAUAACAGCAGAUUUUGGAUUGCCAUGGAACGGAGCCAACAAAUUGGUGUAAUUAUUUGUCAAAUCCAAUGCUUCUCAGAUCGGUGGCAAAAUGGACAAGCACAUAGCGAUUUCUGCGAUACCCAGUGACGAGUUAUUCUAAAAACUAGGUCUGCGAAAAGACGCAUAAACACGGAGUGCUUGGUAAGGGAACUUUGUUGUGGCGAAGGAAAUACGGCAGGAGAACAGGAACUACUUUGUUGAGAAAAUCAUGGAAGAUUUUGGGUCAGCGUUGGAGAAGAAUGCCGCGGAUUUGACAGUAAUGGACGUAUAUGACAUUGCUGCGGUCGUGGGACAGGAGUUCGAACGGAUUAUUGAUCAAUAUGGGUGCGAGGCGUUGUCGCGACUGAUGCCCAAAGUGGUUCGCGUGCUGGAGAUCCUGGAGGUCCUGGUCAGCCGAAACAACAUCAGCCCGGAGACCGAGGAGCUGCGACUGGAGCUAGACCGGCUGCGACUGGAACGGAUGGACCGACUGGAAAAAGAGAAGAAGCACCAAAAGGAGCUGGAGCUGGUGGAGGACGUGUGGCGGGGCGAGGCCCAGGACCUGCUCUCACAGAUUGCCCAGCUGCAGGCCGAGAACAAGAGCCUGCUCACCAACCUGUCCCUCAAAGACUGCCCUGUGACCGAGGAGGAGCUGCACAGGCAGGAGGGUGUGUCUGAGAGGGAGCGGCAAGUGAUGAAGAAGCUGAAGGAGGUGGUGGACAAGCAGAGAGAUGAGAUCCGGGCCAAAGACCGGGAGCUGACACUGCGCAAUGAGGACGUGGAGGCGCUCCAGCAGCAGCAGAACCGGCUGAUGAAGAUCAACCACGACCUGCGGCACAAGAUCACGGUGGUGGAGGCGCAGGGCAAGGCCCUGAUCCAGCAGAAGGUGGAGCUGGAGGCCCUCUCCCAGGCACGGCAGCAGGAGCUGGGGGAGCUGCAGCGGGAGGUGGCCAAGCUGCGGGAACGCCUGCACGGGGAGCCCAGCCACAAUGGGGAGGAGCCCCCGCCAUCACCGCCCCAGCUCUCAUGCGCAGAACGUGCAGGUGUUCAGAGCUCCAUUUGGGCUGAAUGUGGUGGAGACGCAGAGUUCCUGGCAGAGUGCUUUGAGACAGGGGGGGAUCUCUCCCUCUUCCCUGGCUUUGUGGAUGGGGUACCUGAGGAGGAGGCGGAGAAUGGGCAAGAUUAUGGUGAUGAGGACAAGGAGGUGGAGGAGGCAGUGUUGUUAUGGGAGGCGUGUGAGGAGGACACUGCAGGAGAGAAGGGUGCCCUUGACCUGAAAGACCCCAACCGACCCCGCUUCACCCUCCAAGAACUGCGUGAUGUCCUGCAUGAGAGGAAUGAGCUCAAAGCCAAAGUGUUCAUGCUGCAAGAGGAGCUAGCUUAUUACAAAAGUGAAGAACUGGAGGAAGAAAUGGGGCCCCCACCUCCGGUCCCUUCCCCAGUGCUGCGGUCCAAUGUUCAGCCCGAGUCAGGGAUCAAACGUUUGUUUAGCUUCUUCUCCAGGGACAAGAAGCGUAGCUCACAGAGAAACGCAGGAUUUGAGGAGAACGUUGGUGCGUGGGCUAGGAAGGAUGAUGUGUACACAGAGCAGGCCCAGGAGGCAUUGCAGCACUUGUAACCGUGGACACUGACAGAUAUAAUCCCUGUAAACUGGGCCUGUGACACUAACGCUGCUAGGAUUAGCUUUUGCACGCCUGAAACUGCCAAAAGGACGAGCACAUCCCCAUCAGAGAGAAACAAGACCUGCCGCCAGGGGGUGCACUGGUACAGUGGUGUUAUCAGCGGUACCAGCAGCCACAGAGUUGAUGUUUGUCAUUUUAAUUGCCCAGCGUGUGUGUGCGGGGUGUGGGCUGUGCUCUGUAUGGGCAUUGUGCAGAGUUGUCACUUACCAGCACAACUUAAAAUGCUGAGAAGGAAAUACCAUGCAAAACAAAACAGCCAGCUCCCACUUCAUUGUGUUAGACUAUAGCAGUAGGGUGAAUGGGUCUGUAUUGCUGGACUGCAGCUGUGUAGACUGACAGAGGAGUGAAAUGGGAACAUAACUAAAAGAACCCUUAGAUGCAGUCUUUCUAUACAAUACAAUCAGAUUCAGACAAUAUUGUGAAGAAUUGCGGCAUUUCACUUUCAGUUAACUCUACUUCUAGCAGUAUUCCAGUGUUAUAAAAUAAAUCCAGAUUUGCCUGAGAAAUAUGAAGGAAAAAGGAAAUUUAAAAUAGAAACCCUGAAGGAAGUGUAAAAAGUGAUCACUAAAGUGGAGAGCAGGGUGCUGUGAGCGUCUAGUGCUAGAGCAACUGAUGCAGUAGAGUUGGAAAACAAUAGGUGAAUGAGGUUUCCCAGCUGUGCAUAGACACCACAUUUCAUAGAUCAGUAUUAUUACUAUUGUUAUGAUUAUUUCAAACUGAGUUUGUGCAUAAAUGACCAAUCCCCACAGUCUCUCAGCAGUGCUGUGUCUGUGUCUAUAUUGACGCUGUGCUUUGGACUUGAUGGCCAGGCAAAAUUAACUGAUGGUGUUUCUGGUGUCCAGUUGUCUAAGGUAGGGUAUUCUUAACUUCAAGACCUGAACUUACUUUAGAUCUUCCAAGCCUGCUCUGUGAACACUUGUGACUCAGAUUCUGUAUGUCUCAAAAGCGAAGGACUGCUUCCACUGCAUAAUGGUUCACAAAAUUAUUCACUGCUCAAGACAAAAAGACUCCUUGAUU